AUGGCCGAGAUGGACCCCAAGACCAUGCAGGACAUCACUUUGGUGCUGGAGACGCUCCUGCAACAGAUGCAAGACAAGUUUCAGAUCAUGUCCGACCAGAUCAUUGGAAGGAUCGAUGACAUGAGCAGUCGCAUUGACAACGUGGAGAAAAAUAUCUCUGACAUCAUGUCCCAGGCUGGAGUGGAAGAACUGGAAGGCAAAAACAAGAUUCCUACUGCGCAGAAGAGUUGAAAGCUGCUGAUACUCACAGUGAAUCCAGAACGUCGUUUUUCCCAAGCCAAGAGAAAACCAAGUGGC